AAUUUAUGAAACCCAAUGCGGCCCUCAGGCCAAAAAGUUUGCCCUCCCCUGUGUUAGAUGAUUUUCCUGUUAUACCUCCCUCUUCUGGCCUCUCGGCAUGUAGGUUACACUAACUUGGACUCAUUGGGUCAAAUCCAGAGAUUAUAUGUAAGGGGGUGUAAAUUACAUAUUGGUAAGUGGGUGUGAAUCUCAUGGAAUCAGUUGAUGUAAUUUGUAUGGUGAAGGGCUGGAAGAUGCUGCAGCAGUUCAGGCUUCCUUACAUCCAACUCUGAAUUUGUCCCAAAAACUUCUUGCAAAUAGCUAAAUAUAAUAAUACUGGCUCCUGUUUCAUUCAAGGAGAGAGGAAGAUAUGGUAUCUGCAGGAGCUUGGAAUGGUGUUAUCUGUGUGUUGUACAAAUGAUCUUCAAAUCUUCCAGCUGAGGAUGCUCUCCUAGCUCCUUACAAAUGGGUCCAGCUACUAGCAACAUUCACUGGUGUUCUUUGACACUGGCCUAACCGUGGCGCUCAGACAGUUUGAGCUGAGAAACUUUCAGUUUUGUUAUUAGCAACUUUAAAUUGCACACGUGUUUAAACCUCAAAAGUAAAACAAAAACCUAUUCCUUAUUAUAUUAAGUAUAUUGGCAAACCUUUGUAACCUCUUGCACUUAAACGUACAUGUAAUAUUAGCAGAGGAAUUUUCUGAGCCAUAAAUAUGCUUUAACGAAUUUUCUCUUCAGUUAGGUGUGUGAAUUUCAGUGCUAGUGAAAGGUGCUGUAUGUAUUCCAGCUAGCUAUGUUAGGGCUUUAUAUUGCUGCUCAUCACCAUCGUAUCAGAACACCUUCCGUGUAAAAUUGGCAGCAAUAACAAAAUCCCUGCUCGACUUCAUGGAGUCUCUGUCUCUUCUCCCUUUUUCCUUGCUUGUGUGAAGUCCUGUAUAUUCACCGAACAGGUGCAGUAUGAACUGUAUCAAUGCAAGCUUCCCCAUGCUGUCCUCUGUAAAUUAAUCAUGACUUAGUGGGCCCAUCUCCUUAGCCUCUCUGGAGAUUGACUACAAGGUUGCAAAUUUUGUGUGUUUGGGGGAAGAGAGCGGAAGUAAUGGGGAACUGGGUUAAAGCCACACCGGUUACUGAGCUGAUGUGGGUUUGAAUCUGUGGCCGGUAGUUGAAAGCUCUGAGUGUCACUGCUGAUCUCCUGAGCCAUCUAGUCCCCCUUACAGAUGUAUUACAAGUAUAAGCACCGUUCCUGAUUCUGUUCAGGCUCUUGCACUAUCAUCACUUCGGUAUCAGAGUGCCUUUUAAAACGGCAGAAUUCUCUGGGGCUAUAAACAAGUGCCUGCUCCAUGCUUAUAUGUCAUACAUUUUGCAUAUGUAUGCUUGUACAUCCCUAUGCACCAUUGGGAUCUUCAUGUCCCAAAUAGAUUUUCUCACCUGUAGCAGAGAGCUGACUGACUUCUCUGGGGGUUGGAACGGUGAACAAAUAUAAAAUGGUAAAACUUGGGUCAGAAUGGAAGACCAUAGUCCUCAAAACUACUGAGAAAUAAGAAACAUUCCUUUGUUCUACACCGGAAUGUGAUAAUGAGGAGUCAAUGCCUGUGUAGAUGUAAUCGUCUCCGGUGUGAAGCUGUUGCAGGCACUUGGUCUUGAUCCUGAGGAUGGGAAAGAUCAUGCUAUCUUGAAUUCCAGAAAGGACCUGAAAGAAGCCUUCAUCCAUUUCAUGCAGAAGGGGGCAGCUGCUGAGCGCUUCUUCAGUGAUGCGGAGACCUUCGAUCACAUUGCACAAGCAGCCUCAGAGUACCCUGGGGCACAGCUCUAUGUGGGAGGAAAUGCUGCCCUAAUUGGUCAGAAACUUGCAACAAAUCCAAACCUGAAGAUCCUUCUUUGUGGUCCAAUUGGUCCUAAACUCCAUGAACUACUUGAUGAUAAUGUAAUUGUUCCACCAGAAUCUAUGCAAGAAACUGAUGAAUUCCACCUCAUCUUGGAGUAUCAAGCAGGUGAAGAAUGGGGAAAGUUGAGAGCUCCCAAUGCCAACCGAUUUAUCUUCUCCCAUGACCUGUCAAAUGGAGCCAUGAACAUGCUGGAAGUGUUUGUGUCCAGCCUGGAUGAGUUUCAGCCAGACCUUGUAGUGCUCUCAGGGCUUCACAUGAUGGAAGGGCAGAGCAGAGAAGUGCGUGAGAAGAGACUUCUGGAGGCUGUGACUUCCAUCUCUGAUAUCCCCACUGAUAUCCCCAUACACCUGGAAUUGGCCAGUAUGACUGACCAGGAUCUCAUGAGCAAGAUUAUGAAUCAGCAGGUCUUCCCCCUGGUGAACUCUGUCGGGCUAAAUGAACAGGAGCUGCUGUUCCUUACCCAGUCAGCCUCUGGUCCUCAUGCCUCCCUUGGUUCCUGGAAUGGAGUUCCAGAUGUGGGCAUUGUCAGUGACAUCCUUUUCUGGAUCCUGAAGAAGCAUGGAAGGACCAUGGACAAGGCAUCUGAUCUUACCCGUAUCCACUUCCACACACUGGCCUAUCACAUUCUGGUUACAGUGGAUGGGUAUUGGGGCAACCAGAUAGCAGCUGUGGCUGCUGGAGCCAGAGUGGCAGGGACACAGGCUUGUGCAACUGAAACCAUUGAUACUGACAGAGUCUUUCUUAAAGCUCCCUUGGAGUUUGUGACCUCCCAUACAGAGGCACCCUCCAAAAUCUCUUUAAAUCCAGGUGAUCCAGUGGCACAAUGGCACAGAGAGGGAAUCUCAUUCCAUUUCACCCCUGUUUUGGUGUGUAAAGAUCCCAUCCGGACCGUGGGACUUGGAGAUGCUAUUUCAGCUGAAGGACUCCUAUAUUCAGAACUAUACCCUCAGUAGCCUAUGGAAACGAGACACCUUUUUCUCCAAGAAUAUAGUGUCUGAGGAAAUGCGGUGUUCUCAAGGGGAUUUCAGACAGUAUGGUUGGGGGUGGAAUUUGGGAUAUUAAACAGUCUCUGGAUAUUAUCUGAGAAGAGCCAAAGAAUACAUUCCAGCCACUUGGCAGUGACUUGAGAGUGUUUUCUCAUGUUAAUGUAAAAGUUGUAGGAUUUUAAUUUGGAGACUGGCUUUUUGUCUUAAGCAUGUCGGGAGGAGGGAAACUGAUACCAAAAUCCCUGUUUGGAACAGAGUUGCUGAUUGUUAAUUUAAGCCAGUUGUGUCUAUAGUGCUUGAAAGCAAGGCAGCCAGACAGAAUUUCAUGCUUAUGAAUCCCAGGGAGUACACAGCAGUCCUCAGCCCUGUCUUGCUUCUGAUAAAGCAAAAAUAAAAGGCUCUUGCAU